AGAAAAAGUUAUACACUAGCCUCCUACUGGUCGUUGGGAAUGAAUAAUCCAGUUUCAGUGUAUGCUGCAGGUGUACAACAUCAUCUAAUGAAUCCAACUUACAUGUAUAAAGCUGAAUCAUCUCCUUCAAAUCCUACUUCACCAAGCACUAUAUCCAGUCCCUCUAUUCCUCAUCACUUACAUACAAAAAAUUAUCCAAACACAACUGCACACAAUCUAUUCUAUUCAGAUCAAAUUCUGAAUACAACUAAUACAGCAAUAAAUCUGUCAUCGGUAUUAACAAAUUCCUUUGAAACAUCAACACAGCCAAGCAAUAAUACUUUCGAUUUAUUAAAUAUUAGAAAUUCAACCUUUUGUUCGGAAGCCAACUUAUCUGCAUCCUGCUCAUCCUCUGUGUCAUCGACCUCCUCCGCCUCCUCUUCAUCAUCCACAGCGUCGUCAGGGACAAAUACAGCAUCGAAUUCAACUGACGAACUACCGUCUAUUCAAAUUCCCAUGUUAUACUCAUCAACAUCAUUUGAUAUGAGUCAACAGAAUAAUAGUGCUCCUAUUACUUCUGCUAUUACCACUAUGAUUAACAAUAACUUUGAUUCCACAGAGUCAUUGGAUGAUGUAAAGUAUUCGUAUAUAAGUAAUAUUAAUAAUCACUAUAAUUGUAGUGAUUUAGUGAAUCCACAUAGUUCUACCCCGCUGAAUACCGUUAACUAUGCAAAUAUUAUGAGUUCAUCACCAUCGGGUAAUGGUGAUGAAGAGUAUCAUCAAUUAGGAAGUAAAAGACACCAUCAACUUCUUCCUCCUCACCAUCAACACCAGCAGCAUCAUCCUGAGAAUGAAACACUGGUAACAAAGUCAUCAGAAGAUUUGGAAUCAAACAAUCAUUUUGCAGUAUGCAGUUAUCCUUCAAAUACUUCGUCUUGGAAAAACUCAAAAGAAUUGUAUUUAUCGUCUAUCAAUAGAUCAGUUACUUCUCCAGUGACAAGCACAAAUACCACCAGUGAUUUACAUUCAUCUCCAACUCCAAUGAAUAAAUCAGGCACCCCAGACUUACAAAAUACAACCAACCAGUACAUUUAUCACAAUUCUGGAUUGCUUAAUUCACUAACUAACGAAUUUAUCGAACAGAAGAAUGAUAUUAAGCCGAAUACAAUGAAACAAGAAUUUGAAGUUAAUUCACCAUUACAAAUUCAGUCAAAUCCAGCGACAUUAACAUCACUGACCUGUUCAACAGUCACAACAGCAGCAGAAGCAGAAACGAAGGUCACCACAUUAUCAACACAGAGGCUAGACAAUUCAUCGUAUAGCUUGAAGCAAGAAAAACUACCAUCUCAUGAACACAUUCAAACUUCAUGGUCUAGCUGUAAUUCUGAAUUUUUGAAAUCUGAAUACGCAAAUCAAGAAGAUUCUACUACAUCUUAUCCACUUUAUUUAAAUUAUACCAUACCCAUUGGUAAGAAUACUGAAACCAGUUGCCUUCCUGUGGAUAAAGUGCAGAAUUCCAGUGUAAAAGGAGACGUGAGCGAUACUACUACUACUACUACUACUACUACUAAUACUGCCACUACUAAUAAUAAUAGUAAUAAUAAUAUUAGUAAUGAGAAGUCAGAGGCUAACAGUUCUGAGCCAAAACAAUAUAAUUACCAUGAACAUAAGUAUUACAUUUCUAAAAAUAUACAAAAUAUUACGCAUAAACCAACUUAUCAGAUUGCUUUAUCACUGACAGCUAACUUUUAUCCAACAGUUAAACACAAAGAUAUUAAUUCAGACUGGGAAAUGAAUAAUUCUGAUGACUACAACUAUACUAAACAGGAUAUGUCAAAAUCUACAUUGAAUCAUCUAAAUCCUCUGCACAGUUCUCAUCUUCUGAAUGAACAACAUCAGCAUCAGCAGCAACAACAGCAGCAGCAUGAAGAGCAGUUAAGUGUGACUAAAGAAAAUGAACCAAUUUCAUUGAAUAUGUUGAACAGUGGUCAUUUAAAUUAUUACAGUGAGCAUCAUUCACUUACACAGUGUCCACCUGAUAAUAAUAAUAAUAGUAAUUUUGAUAGGUUACCGUAUUGUAAUGGAUAUAAUCUACCGUCUGUACUUCCUCCUUCUCAUAAUCCUCUUCAACAUGAAAUGAAAUUUCCACCUUUUAUAAUGUCUAAUUAUACUGAACAAAUAAAUCGUAAUAACUAUUAUUUUCCAGAUGAAAUGCAUAGCCAGGAGUCUGAUUUAACUCAGAUGAACAAUAUAAAGUUAAAUUAUUGUACUAGUUCUAUUGAUACUACUAAUGCAAAAGUUAGUAGUACUAACAACAGUAGUAUUGUUAAUCAUGACGUUUUUGAAAAGUAUAAUAAUGAGUCAUAUUUGAAUGCAUAUUCAGCUUAUGCAGAGAGUUAUCCACAAAUACUGAAUUAUCCUCCAGACAGUAAUCAUGCAUCAUCGACAAACUACACAAGUACCUACUUGACUAAUUUAGACAAAGUGAAUAACAGUCUAAGUGGUAUGAAUGAUUCAAGAGACAUGUUCGGUAGUGUACCAAUACAAAAUCCUUUACAAUUGUCUAUGAGUCAGUAUGCUCCAGUUGCCGAUAGUGAUCAUUCCAGUGUACAUCCACUUUCACAUCAACAUCAUACUCAUCAACAUAAUCACCAUUCACUUCUUCAGCACCAUCCGCCGCCUCCUCCUCCUGCUCCUCCACAUCAUCACCAUCAUCAUCAUCAUAAUCAACAACAUUCUGAAGUAAUUGAUUUCAAUUCAGAAUGUACAAAUAGGUUUAUAAAUACACUUAACUAUCGUCCGUCAAGUAAUAUGAAUGAAGAGUACUGUGCAUCGUUAUCACCGUCUUCUGAGUUAUGCAUAAAUAAUUCGGAUCCAUCAAUACCUUAUAAAUAUUCAUCAUCACAUUUAACUUCUUAUGAUCCAAUGACAUUUUUGCAUGAAAUUAAUUUAGCCUCGGUAAACUCAAAUCAAUUGGAUAGAAUCAGUCAUAGUGAACGUGGACAAAAUAUCAACAGUUCUAAUAAUAAUAAUAAUAGUAAUAGUAACAAUAAUAGUAGCAACAGUAAUAAUAACAAUAAUAAUAAUAAUAACAAUAGUCGUAUGUCGGCAUUUAUGGCAGCCGCUGCUGUUGCUGCGGCUGUUUCACAUAAUAAUAAUAACAAUAGUAAUAAUAAUAAUAAUAGCUCGAACACUAAUUUAACAAAUAAUACAAGUAUUAAACGUGCUAAUGCUAAUAUAGAUGGACAGUUUAAUCGACAGACGAAUACUUACAAUUUGUUAGGACAAUCGAAUAAUUUCUUAAUGGUUGCUGCAGCGGCUUCAGCAGCGAAUGACUUAAAUCUAUCCUCAGGUAAUCAAAUUCGUCGACAAAGACGUGAACGAACCACUUUUACACGACAUCAAUUAUUAAUGUUAGAAGAAUUAUACGCAAAAACACGAUAUCCUGAUGUUUAUGUCCGUGAAGAAUUAGCCUUGAAACUACGCCUACCAGAGUCAAGAGUACAAGUUUGGUUUAAAAAUCGUCGAGCUAAAGGACGUAAUCAACAAAGACAAAAUCUUUUGAAUGAGAAUAAUUCAUCAGCUAGAAAUGCAUUAAAUAUGUGUCAAUAUGAUAAUGUGAAAUAA